AUUGAGUUAUAAUUAUUACUUUAAAUAUUAGGCGGCAGCACGCGUUCUUUUGAGGCUAACUUCGCGUUUUAUUGUGAUCGUAAUCAAAUGUUUUUAGUGCAUCAACGUUCUUGUGUCUAGUUUAGGUUAAGUUAGCACGUUUCGUAAAAACAACCAACAAUUGAUUGAAGCCGUUUUUUUACUAUUUGACUCGAUUAUAUUAAGUAUAAUGGCAGAUAUUACUUCAAAAAAAGUUCAAGAAUACAAAGAUUCACUUAAAAGUAAAGCUGAAGAAUUAGUGUUUAAGGGCUUUCCGGAAACAAUUGUUGCAUUGAAUGACAUAUUGGAAACACCCAAUUUCAAAAACAGGGCCUUUGUUGAUGUGUACCAAGAGUUAAAUAUUCCAGUUCCUGAUCCUAUUGUACUUAAUAACCAUGAUGAUCCACCUGCCAAACGAAUUAAGCUUGACAACAAUGUACAGGAAGGAACAAAGGUGAUGGCUUUACCCAACGGAUCUGUAACUACAAAUAAGCACAUUCAAGAUUUAGUCAAUCUUGUGAAGCCCCAUAUAAGGAAAUUAGUUGAAGAUUCAAAUUUGUUAAAAAUGUGGAUUUCGUUUAUGAUUCCAAAGAUAGAGGACGGUAAUAAUUUUGGCGUUUCCAUACAAGAAGACACAUUAGCGGAGGUGCAGUCUGUGGAAUCGGAAGCAGCAGCGUUUUUUGACCAAAUCAGCCGGUAUUUUAUAUCUAGAGGUAAACUAAUCUCAAAAGUGGCCAAAUAUCCACAUAUAGAUGACUACCGACAUGCAGUCAAAGAAUUGGACGAAAAAGAAUACUUGAGUUUGUGGUUAGUUAUGGCAGAAAUACGCAACAGAUACUGUUCGCUUCAUGAUAUUGUCAUCAAGAACUUGGACAAAAUCAAAAAACCACGAUCGUCGAAUGCUGCUGAAUCUUUGUACUAAACAAAAAAAUAAUAAAAGAAAGUAUUAUUCUAUGAAAUCUAA